AUGUGCUACUAUGGAGGAUACUAUGGAGGCCUGGGCUAUGGCUAUGGAGGCCUGGGCUGUGGCUAUGGCUGUGGCUAUGGCUGUGGCUAUGGUGGCUAUGGAUAUGGUUGCUGCCACCCACUGUGCUGUAGAAGGUACUGGUCCUAUGGUGUCUACUGA